AUGUCUGCCGGAGGAGAACACCUCAAAGAUGAAGGCACAAAGACGCAGGUCGUCAUUGCAGGAGGCGCAGCUGGUCUAGUCUCAAGAUUCUGCAUUGCGCCUCUUGACGUUGUCAAAAUUCGCCUACAGCUGCAAGUCCAUUCGCUCUCCGACCCGGUUUCGCAUCAUGGAAUCAAGGGGCCGAUUUAUAAAGGAACGCUUUCGACGAUGAAGGCGAUUGUCAGGGAAGAAGGGAUAACUAGCCUGUGGAAAGGGAACAUAUCUGCUGAGCUCCUUUACGUUUGUUACGGCGGCGCCCAGUUCACGGCUUAUCGCACCACAACCCAAGCCCUACAGCAACUCCCACACCGUCUACCACAGUCUGUCGAGUCCUUUGUAGCGGGCGCGGUCGCCGGCGGCCUCGCCACAGCAUUCACAUACCCUCUCGAUCUGCUGCGCACGCGAUUUGCGGCGCAGGGCAAGGAACGAAUAUAUACGUCAAUACUGUCCUCCAUCCGGGAUAUCGGUCGGCAUGAAGGUGCUCGCGGAUUCUUCCGUGGCUGUUCGGCCGCUAUCUCUCAAAUCGUGCCAUACAUGGGUCUAUUCUUCACGACAUACGAGGGCCUGCGCCCAGCGCUGACCCAGAUGGACAAUCUACCUUUUGGGUCCGGUGACGCUGUGGCUGGCGUGAUUGCCAGCGUCACAGCUAAAACAGGAGUGUUUCCGCUCGACUUGGUGCGCAAACGGUUGCAGGUGCAAGGCCCGCAUCGCUCGCGGUAUGUGCAUACGAAUAUUCCAGAGUACCGCGGCGUGCUCAGCACCAUGUCGGUGAUACUCCGGACGCAAGGGGUGCGCGGUCUGUAUCGUGGACUAACAGUCAGCUUGAUCAAAGCUGCUCCUGCCAGUGCGGUGACUAUGUGGACAUAUGAACACGUGCUCAAGACGCUCCAAGAGAAUGCGCAAAAGAGGAGAGAGACCAGCUGA